AUGUCUCACAUGGAUAUGGGUUCGAGCGACUCGACCUGCGAGUCACACAUGCUAUGGAAUUGGAAGGUUGUUGAUGCGUGCUUCCUAUCAGAAUCGUGGCAGAUCACGAACAAUGGCAUGUUUGCAGCCUCCUGCAUCGGCGUGAUGCUGCUCGUGGUAGUUCUAGAGUUCGUCCGCCGCGUAGGCAAGGAAUACGACACCUUCAUCCUGCGCCAAUUUCAGCAACAUAUCGCAGCCCAGACCGCGCUCUCCAAGUCGGCAGGCGACGACGCUUGCUGUUCAGACCUGCCGAGUCCGGGUCCCCAGACCGUCACUUUCAGAGCUACGCCGCUGCAGCAGCUCAUCCGCUCCGUCAUUCACGCCGUGGCUUUUGGACUGGCGUACAUCAUCAUGCUGAUAGCGAUGGGCUUUAACGGGUACAUCAUCAUCUCCAUCAUCAUUGGGGCGGGUAUUGGGAAGUUUGUGUGCGACUGGAUGAUUCAGAAGGUUGUGGUUGGCGACGGAAGUCAGCAAGCAAAAGGGCUUGGGGGUAUUGACGAUACGACGAUGUGCUGCGGCUGA